UCGAGACAGUGAUUGACAAUGAUGAAGUAUGGUAUCCCUUAUCACAAAAGUACUUAUUAAAUAUAUAUCAAUAAUUUAUAUUAAUAAAUAUUAAUAAGUCUAAGAUGAGUACUUUUUACUUGAGAAAUACAUUUCUGUAUCUCUUAUGGUUCUUUGAAUAAUUAAGAUGACAUUAAUUAGGGAAAAUAUACUAGCCUUUUUCGAUCUAUUAUUAAAUUGGUCGAAACGAUCAAUUUUCCAUGGUGUUCCACUAAAGGAUCGAUCGGGGAGGGAAAGCAGCGCGCGUUUCGGUUUCGAAUCGACGUUUCGCGGUCCCCGCGGAAGACUUAGACCAUCAAAGAAGGGUAGUAGCGUUCGGAAGAAGGGGUCAGAAGGUUGUUCGGGGCGUCGGUGGCGUCGGUGGGCGUCGCGGUACGCGCAUGUUUCUCCCGCGAAGCGGAUCGAUGCUGGAAAUAGCUCGAGCCGCAGGAGAGAGAGCGAGUACGAGGUGAGUCGGCUUCGCUUUCAGCCAGGGCCUUCGUGGCUCUCCACGCCCGCUCUAGCUGCCUCUUUUCUCUUCUUCUUUAUUCCAGACGAAGGGAAAAAAAGUACUCCCCAAGUACCAGCUCCGAUUCGUUCAAAUUCAUUAUUCGACUCGUACUCUGUUCACCGCGGGUUUCGUCGGGUCCGCCCGCGAGCUUCCCUCCAUCGACCUUGUUCUUCCUCUCCACGAUACCCCGGUCUCUUCUUCUCAAUACUCGUCACUUCCGAUGGUGGUUCCAUAUAUCCUGAUCUAAAGAGAAAUAUAAAAGUGCGUGUAUUACUCUGGACAAAUUUCACGACGAAACAGACGCAGAGAUAAGAAAAGGGGUGGUCUGUUGUCCGCGGGGAUGAAUCGGGAAAAAUGUGCGUCGUACCGAUGUGGCUGACCAGGCUGGAAUCGGGCCUCGCGCGUUCCACGUUAGCUCUUAGAGGAUGCACAAGCUAGCCAAAGGCCUGAAGAAGAAGAAAAAGCAGAAGAAGGGUAAGAAGGGGGCAGAGGAAGAGGAGUUCGAUCCGGAGGAGCUCGAGCGUUACAGACGCGAGCGGGCGGAGGCCCAGCAGAAAGCCGAGCAGUCUGGCGAACAGUCCAACACCGCCGCCACCUCCGAUGAGUGGAAGAAAUUCGAGGCGUUAACAGCCGGUGUCGAUUCGAUUCUCAAGAAGACCCAGGGUGAUCUAGAUCGUAUCAAAUCCACCUCAUUUUUCCAACGUAAGCCACCGUUAGAGGAGGAGAAGAAGGAGGAGCAGGAUAAAGAGGGGACCGAAAAAUCGUCCUCGAAGAAGUGGGUCGGUUUCGACGAGGACGGGAAUCCGAUCGAAGAGGAACCACCAGAUUUCGAAGGGAAAGGAAAAAGGAAGGAGGAGAAACCGUUGGUGAACGAGGACGGUUUCGUGGAUGUCCCGGAAGACGAAGAUGAACCGGAGGACUCUGGCGACGAGGACAUCUUCGACACCACUUAUGUGGAAGUUCUUCAGAACAUCGACGUUCAAUUAGCUUACAUUCCGGACAGCCCUACCGAGCAAGAGGCCGGGGACGACCCUUUCGACACCACCAGCGCGGACAAGGUACUGAAGACCGUCGACAGAAAAGGGAACAAGUUGGUGAGUCUAGGAAACGCGGUCGAGGUACUCUCCGGGAGGAUCGACUAUGUCAGUUCCUGCAAGAUCUCGAAAGGUAGACGGCCGAGACUUCAGCAGGAUCUGUUGUUAGACGAUUUCGAGGAAGUUGAGAAACCGGAAGACGGUAACGCGGUCUCGGCACCUGUCGAGGUUGAGAAAACCUUGCUGGACGAUGACAACGAUCUUCCGGAUAUUCCUGUGGAUCUGACCAAGCUUCCGCCCGUCUUACCCAGACCAGCCAGCCCUGCUGUCACUCAGGACAACACCGCCGUCGAGAAGGAACCAUCGAACGGACCUCUGGACAUCUCAGAAUUCGAGGUGUUGAAGGAGAAGACCAUCUUAGAGGAAAUCCCUGACUUGGACGAGGCUGAAUUUGAUUUGACCGCUGCGCCCGAAGAUCCGGUGCUUCUCGAGGAGGCUGAAGAUCCAUUUGGGAGCAAAGGACCCGACGCGGUUGACUUCCAGUCGGAGAUAAUCGAAGCUAGUUUCGAGGCAGCUACCUUCGUCGACGAGGAGGAUCCUUUCGACACCACUUUCGCCGAUAAUAUCCUUCCCGGCAAGACUGAGUUGAAGUUCAUCGAAAAGGAAUUGGAAGAGUUGCCUGUGUCGGAGGUGACGAUAUCUUUGACCGAUCCUGCAGGUCUGAACAGGGAUUACGAGACUGGUUUGCUCACAGAAGCGAACGGGAUAAGAAGCAAUGGUUUGCUAGGCAAGAAAGACCUUUUAGGAGGAUCGACGACCGAUCUCAGUCAGCUGGCCGACGAACCUAUAGCACCGGUUGAAGACAUCAGCUACGUUGAUCCAUUCGACACCUCGGCCGUCAAGGAAAUUCCGCCUGGAAGAACGGAACUGAAGUUUCUCGAGAAGGAACUACUUGGCGAAGAGACGAAACUUACCAGCUCCCUAGAGGACGACGACUUUGACCCCAGAAAGGACGAGCAACCAGUAGCCCCGGUCCAAGCGGCUCCCCCCAACGCUCCACCGAGGCCAGCUCUUCCACCUGCGCCAGCUAAACCAACUUUCAAAGUCGAUUUCGGCGAGGACGAGGACGAAGCUACCACAGUAGAAUCCAGUGAUCGUGGACGAAGAACAUCCAGGCCGGAGGUGCUUGAGUUAGCCCCUGCCAAGGCGGUUGCCUUCGAGCUACCAACACCGUCCAAGCGACCCGAUCUCCUCGCUACCAGCGAAGAAGAAAAAGCGUUACCCUCGAAACCGCUCACUCCAUAUUACUCCCAAAAGUCGAUCGACGAAGGUCUGCCAAUCGAAGAAGAGGAAGUUGACGUGGAUCCCUUCGACACGAGCUUCGUGGCCAAAGUAGCUCCCGGAAAAACUGAGCUGAAGUUGAUCGAGUCUGAACUGUUGAAGCAGGAAACGAAGUUGCCUCACAGCUUGAGCGAUCACGAUUUCGACCCCAGGGCGGAGGUAGAGCCAACCAGGAGACAGAGCGACUUCACGGCUAGCUCAGUUAGGCCCAGCAACUUGAAGAUCAGCGAACCCCAGAGUACGGGCCUGCAAAAAUUCAAAGAGCAGAAUAAACCGAAGCAGCCAAAGAGACAAGAAAGCUUACUGGACGCUGAGAUCGAAGUAGACGCUAAGCCACUGACCCCUAGAAUCGAGGCGAAGCCUAUCGAGGAGGAAGUACUUUCUUACGAGGACCCCUUCGAUACUUCCAUCGCCACCAAUAUCCUUCCUGGUAAGGCUGAGUUAAAGAUUUUAGAGAGUGAAUUGCAACAAAUACCUGAAGAGAUUCCUGUACGUCCGGCAAGCAUCGCUUUGACGGCAAUCGUCAGCAGCACCGUUCCAGAGAUAGACGACUUUGAUCCCAGGGCAGAGGAGAGGAAGGAAUCGAAAGACUUCUUGUGUAUCGACGACCAAGACCCCGGGGCGAAGGUACUCACCCCUGUACAGAACGAGAGCUUUAGUUUAGGCGAGGAAGUGGAUCCUUUCGACACCAGUUUCGCUACCAUUGGACCAGGAAAGACCGAGCUUAAACUAUUAGAGUCCGAAUUGAUGGAGCAACCUUCGAUCAACAUGGAUUCCAAAGGUGGAAAUCCGUUCUUAAUGGACGACGACGGAACCGGCACGAACGACACCAUGACCGGACAAAUCUCAAACCCCUUCCUGCAGGAUUUCACAGACACGGAGCCACCUGCUGGCGGAGAGAAUCCGUUCCUGAACUUUGCCGGGGAUCAGUCGUACCAGUCGGCGAUCACCGUCGACUCGACCAAUCCUUUUGCCUCUUUCACCACGGAUACCACCGCACCGAGCACCGGCUUCGAGACCACCACCACCACCACCACCGAUACCUCCUCCGCCAACAUAUUCUCUGAUCAAGGGACAAACAUAUUUGUCACGACCAGUGAAUCCAGCAGGAAUCUGUUCGAGGCAGCAGCCCCAGCGCAACCGUCGCAGGAAAUCUUUGAUCAAGCUGCGGCUGCACCAGCCCCUCCAGCCCCGGCACCAGCUCAAGCGAAGAAUGGGAAACCAGCACCUUCGAGACCGCCUCCGCCGAGGCCUCAACCCCCAGCACCUCCUAAGAACACCAAAGACCUGAUCUUGUCCGUGACUGGGGCAAUGGACGCCACUUCGAAUCAUCUUCUGGAUCGAUUACAGGCGACGAGGACACCCAGUCCUACCCUGAUGCAUUCUCCAUCUCCAACACCGGAGCACAGCUUCGCGGACCUCCUGGACGUCGACUCGAAUAUCCCAGACUUGAUGUCCGACGACAGCAAAGGGGUAGAACCGUCACAGAAUCAGGAUAUCCUAGACUUGUUCGAUGCCCCCAAUACCGACACGACCACCACUACCAUUUUCUCCACUCCGAUGACCACCGCGGACACUACCAGUUUAGACGCCGAGGUCGCUAACACCACCGCCGUCCAGGAUAAUCCAUUCGCCAGUAUGACGGAUCAGGAAGCGACCACCGACCAGGAGGAUGAUGAUUUUAAGUCGGACUAUCCAGAAACCGCGUCCGUAACCAGCGAGAAGAGGCCCUCCAUCGCUUCCACGACAGUGGUGGUGGGCUCUGAACCCGACACCAAGACUGCUCUCGACUUAGAUUUUAGCAGCGAAACCGAAACUGCUGUCACGGAAACUCAACCUGCCAGCACAGCUGACGAAUUAUUCGCCACGAGCGCUAUGGACCAGUUUUCCACCGCCACGACAGUGUCCGCGUUCUUCUCGGUGGCGGAAACGACUUCUUCUGCUCCGUUUCCAGUGACAGAUAGUGCGUCCGUACCGUUUGUGAUCGCCACGAGGGAGCCAAUCGAGACUAGUGUACCUUCUACGCAGUCUAGCGGGCCGUUUGCAACGGACUUGCUUGGCGAUUUCGGCGAAUCUGCCCAGGACACCGGUGGAGUAACGUCGACCAGUCCGAUUCCUGGUGCAGAGUUCCCCACUAGCGAAGCUUACAAACCCGAGGAGCAACUGGACAACUUCGCGGCCACCACGAAAGCUAUCGAAAACACCAGCGAUGCAUUCGAUAUUUUCGCCUCGAAGUUCGAUAAGGCUGCAGAGUCGGAGACCAACUCGGGUGAUCCGUUCAUGGAUGCCUUCGGAGGUGGACCAACUGCUAUGGACACGUCCAGUGAUGUUUGGGGAGACUCGUCUGCAGCCGGGUCAGAAACAGCAACCGCUGGUUUCGGGGAAGCUGAUGGAUUCGACUCGUUCUUAAGCAUGACUGCUCCUCCACCGGAACCGAGGAUGAAAAGAACCGAAUCUGCAGAGUCGGACGAGGGUCCAGAUUUCAGUGUAUUCAUCAAACCAAAAGAAGAUGAACAGGCUGCGACUGGAGAGGGUGGAGUGGUACCCGCGUUGGCCCCACCGCCGAAGAGUCCUCAAAACACAGCCUACACCGAUACCUCGCCUCGAUUUAAUCCGUUUGACAAGUUUGGAUCUGCACAGGACGCCAUCCCUACCACAGAAACAGCUCAACCAGCGGAACUGACUAGAACAGAUUCUCAGGAAACUCCACCAACACCUCUGUUCGACGAAGACGUCAGUCAACCUUUAGAGGAUUUCCCAAGAGUGACGUACACUGGUGACGGUUGGGAGAUGCACCUACGUCAACCUAACAAGAAGAAGAUAACUGGCCAGAGAUUCUGGAAGAAGAUCUUCGUCAAGUUGGUUUAUCAAGGCGAUAAUCCUGUACUUCAAUUGUUUAACAGCAGAGAUGACAAGGACCCCUUCCAAGAGUUACCCCUAGUACCCUCUUACUCGGUGUCCGACAUAGGAGCACAACAGUUUGAUCAAUUCGGCAAGAUAUUCACGGUGAAGCUGCAGUACAUUUUCUACAAAGAACGACCUGGUGUUCGACCAGGUCAGGUGACCAAGGCGGAGAGACUUACCAAUAAACUGAGUCAGUUUGCUGCUUAUGCCAUUCAGGGUGACUAUCAGGGGGUGAAAGAAUUUGGAAGUGACUUGAAGAAGUUGGGACUCCCCGUUGAACAUGCUCCACAGAUUUCCCAGCUGUUCAAGCUCGGUUCCCAAUGUUUCGAAGACAUGAAGCAAUUUUCCUGCGUAGUCGAGGAAGCACUGUUCAGACUAAAUGCUCAUAGAGAUAGAGCGUUGCAUUACAAGAUGGAAGAGGUGCAAAUAACAGUAGUAGAUGAGCUGUAUGUCGAGCAGAGUGCUCAGGGUAUCGUGGAGAAGCAGAUAGCUCGUGUUCGACUGUUUUUCUUGGGCUUCCUUUCUGGCAUGCCUGACGUCGAGCUGGGAAUAAAUGACAUGUGGCGUCAGGGUAAAGAAGUAGUGGGUAGACACGACAUCAUUCCAGUUGUCACCGAAGAAUGGAUUCGUCUGGAGAACGUAGAGUUCCACGCGUGUGUCCAGCAGGAUGAAUACGAAAAGUCUAGAAUCAUAAAGUUUAAACCACCGGAUGCAUGCUAUAUCGAGCUCAUGAGAUUCCGAGUAAGACCACCUAAAAACAGAGAGCUUCCUCUUCAGCUUAAAGCCGUAAUGUGCGUUACGGGUAACAAGGUAGAGUUGAAGGCAGACAUCCUUGUGCCUGGAUUCGCGUCAAGGAAACUAGGACAAGUGCCCUGCGAGGACGUAAUGGUCCGUUUUCCGAUUCCAGAGUGCUGGAUCUAUCUAUUCAGAGUCGAGAAACACUUUAGGUACGGGUCCGUCAAGUCGGCUCAUAGAAGAACUGGAAAGAUCAAAGGUAUAGAGAGGUUCCUUGGGGCGGUGGACACACUGGAACCGCAACUGAUGGAAGUUACCUCGGGUCAGGCUAAAUACGAGCAUCAACAUCGUGCUAUCGUUUGGAGGAUGCCUAGGUUACCGAAGGAGGGCCAAGGAGCGUACACGACACAUCAACUGAUCUGCCGCAUGGCUCUUACCUCGUACGACCAAAUCCCUGAGAAUCUCGCCGAGUACUGCUACGUUGAAUUUACGAUGCCUGCGACCCAAGUGUCUCACACCACCGCGAGAAGUGUCAGCCUUCAAAACACUGACAGCGACGCUCCACCAGAGAAGUAUGUUAGAAACCUGUCCCGACACGAGUACAGGGUUGGAAUCGAGCACACUCAAGGCGAAGGACCAGCAGCAUACGUAGCGGCGACGUUUACAAGGAAGAUCCCAGAGGCAACAACGGAGGCACCGAGUGAAGUCUCAGACGCGGGUGCCGAGUCCGAUUCGGAUUCCUCCGAUUAAUCUUCGCUGUCUGUGUGUAAGGUAACGGGUUAAGAUGUUACGAAACUAAACUAACGAGAUUCUUAUAAGAGGAUAAAGAAAAUUGCUUGCUAAUAGUAUAUACAGAAAAAGAAAGAAAGAAAGAAACCGAUGCCUGUGACUCGACGCACGAUGCGUUUUGCGGGUCAUGGAUCAUCUCAAGAAUGUGAUUUUCUGUAGCUUCAAACGCACAUCAGUAUUACAAAGUUUAUAGCUGUGCCAAGUGGGAGUGUUAUUCUAAUUACGCAUGCGUUGGGAGAUCCUUCCUCUUCAGGAAGGAAGUACCUUUUUCCCACCGCUACUUUCCCUCCUUAGCAUACACACAGCAUGCAAUUUUAGAUCUGUGAAGGGUAUAAAACAGGCCUCAUCGUCGAUAUCGAGUAUGUUUCUAGUUGUAUCGACGACAAUUUCUAUCCCAACUUACGCUUUUAAUCCUUCUCCGUGACGCAAAGCUCCGCCUUCGGCUUUCGUUCUCGCUUGGCAAAACUAUACCGCAGGAUACCGUUCGCGUUGUUUCGCUCGUUUCGUGACCCUCGAAACGCUUGUCGCCGUGUGUUGUUCAUGUAACAGUUAAAGAGAGAUAUACAUAUGAAACGAGUAAUUUAUAAGGGUGGACAAUACUGAUUUUACGUUCAGUCUAGCUUGAUAAGUAGUUAUACGCACUCGCAGCGAAAGGCUUUGCGCUGCGGGCAGCAUGUUUCAAAGACGGAUAUACAAUAGACAUUUUAUUAUUUUACAUUUUAGAUUCCCGAUUCUUUAGAGCGUUAUAUUAUUCAUGUGAAAUUUUUCUUAUUCUGGAUUAAUUUAUCAGAAUUUUUCAUUCGUUUAAGCCAGGGAUGUGCAAUUGUUUUGGCUCGGGGGCCACUUUAUGGAAGCACCUUUUAAAAUGAUUACAUUCAUUAAUUAACUUUGCAUUUCAGAAAGGUAUCAAUUUCACCAUAAAAAUCAAUGUUUUAACGUGGCCGUCCUAGUGGAAAAUACGGGAUGAAUCUUUUUCGAGCUGAAAUCUCGGUUCAAGACGGAUUUUUCUGAUUGACGGUGGGCCACAAAAAAACUCUUAGCGUGCCGCUAUUUGCCCACCCCUGGUUUAAACUAUUUCAAUGUUUCACAACAUUUUUAAGAGGAUAGUUAUUGUACAGUCAGUCAGAAAAAUAUCUGUACACUUUGUUAAGUCAUAAUAGUUACAGUAUUUCAUAGUAUUUAUCAUUAUAAAUAUAUAAAAUAAUGUAAAUAUUAUUUAUUUAUUAUUUUCUGUGUUAAAAUUACGCGCAAUACACUAACUGAACUUUAACAAAGUGUACGGAGAUUUUCUCGACACAAUGGAUAUCGCAACAACACGACGAUCGGAGGACAAUAGUUGUUAAUUAAACGGACUCGUUACAAUUCGAAGGAUCGUACCCGCGUAUCGUAUCGUUUUGAGCUUGCAGAUGAUCUAUAUCGAAUGUUAUCUAGUCGUUUUUAAGAGUUAGUUUAUUUAUAUUAAUCGACGGUUAUUAAGCACGUAAGUAGACGAUAAUUAAUCAAAGUUUGCCUGUUUCGAGAAUGCGUGUCGAUGGAAGUGUGAGAAAUCUAGUCCUUAAUUUAUUUGAGCGCUUUGCAAAUGAUAUAUCUAAGACGUAUACAGGGUGUUCAAUUAUAGGUGGGCAUCCUUUUAGGAUACUCAUCCGUAGCUGCACAUCCUGUACAGUCGUUUCAAUUUCGCGUUUUAAUUUGUCGAGAAUAUAGCAUCAAAGUUGAUUAAUCGAAAUUUCCCGCGGUUAGAUUAAGCGAAACGAGCGUGUAUUUAUCUGCAGAUAAGGUAAGAUUAUUCUAUAAGAACGAAAAACUUAGCCACGUAAGUUUCCGUUGAGGUUUUACCGAUUUUUUGUUUCACAUUUUUCCUCCUGCAAAGGAGAUCAGAAGAGUCUAUUCUAGUCCUUAGCACGUAAGAAGAUCGUAUGACCUUUCAGGUUUUACACCAGUCAUACGUUAAUGUUAAGUCUAUUUAGGAACUAAAUCGAUUGAGUCAACGACGCGCGACGUUCAAUAAUGUCGGCCGAUAUAUGCCAACUAAAGUAAUAGAUAAUUAGUGCUAUUAAUUAAUAAUGUCGAUUGUUGCUCUGAUCCGUGUCAAUGCGAAUAUAGAUUCACUAGUUUAAAUCUUUGAGCGCGCGUUUUCUGAAAACGCGAUUGGUCAAACGAUCCAUCGAAUCGUGUCAGACAAUACAACUUAGUUGAACCGGAUAGAAAAAAUACUGCUGAAGGCUGUAUGAUAUAUAAACAUUGUAUUCCGCUCUUUGAAACAGCGCAAAACUUUUCGAUUCGCGGCAUGAUGGUCUGUUUGCGUUGGUACAUUAAACAAGUCCCGAGGGAACUUUCCCUGCGAAAAGUUCGACCCGGGAUAUGACGUUUCCAGCUCGUGAUCUCAAUUACGUGUAAUAUCGCGUUAUCUUGCGAUAUCCAAGGCGGCGUUUGUGUAUCUAAAAAAGGGAAGAUUCAUUUAAACACACGAUGCAUGUAUAGAUAUCUUAGGAAAGGUAUUUAAAUUAGAGAUUAUGUGCAUUGCCAGCAAGCCUACCGAUGUUUCUUCAAGUGUGAUUAAAAACCGUGCGAUUGUGGAAAAGAGAAAGAGAAGUAAAGGAGAGAUCGUUUUGCCACUUCGAGGAGAAUGUAAUUCGAGUUUCAUUUUUUAAGAGAGUAAGAAAUGCGUUCAGUUUCUUCGCCCCUAUAAAUUGAUUGUUUAAAUUAAAUCUUAGUCUUACGGUAUAUCAAAUUUCGGUUGAACAUUGCCUAAAAAAAACAACAGAUUUUGUACAAUUACUGGUUCCUUGAUUGAAAGCAUAAUUAGAUCUGUCGACCAGUGGUAGAGUUAUAAACCAUAAUCAUGAAAGAUGCGAGUCAGAGAUUGAUCUUCUGUUUCAAAUAAUCAUGGAAAGGGUACAGCAGGAUAAGAUGGUCAAAAGUGCCCUUUGAGUCAAUUUUAUUGAGCUAUACAACAUUUAACCCUUUCGCUACUACGGGCCACUAUAGUGGCUCUCCAUAAGAUGCCACUGACGUACUGCGGCCAACCGUUUUGCAUAAGUAUCUGACUCUGGGUAUGCACUGAUAGUGUUUUUAUUUAUAAAUACCCUUUGGAGAAAAAUUUUUUCGUCCGAAAACAUUCAAGCAGCUUGGGUUCUCCACAGCGGUACUCUCGCUGACGAUCGGCGUCGCAUGCAGUGAUGUCGCGGCGCUCCGUUCAGCGGAAGUACCGCGGCGGAGAACCCGCCCGUAGCGAAAGGGUUAAUAGUUUAUUAAAAAAAACCAUUAUACACGAAGUUUCAACCCUGCGUCUCAACAGGAAGGGUAGUUAGUGGGUAAAAUCGAAAAAACGGUUUUUGCCAUAUUUUCCCUAUUUAUUGGUAUUCAAAAAAUCUGAAAAAAUUCUAGAAUAUUCUAAACAUGUUUCUUUAUUAUUGUGAAUUUUUUCAAAUUUUUUGAAUUCCAAAAACCGUUUUUUGGAUUUUACCCUCUAACUACUCUUCCGGUUGAGAUACAGGGUUCAAACUUGGUGUAUACAUAAUGGUUUUCUUUAAUAAGCUAUUAAAUGCUGCAUAGCUCAAUGAAAUCGGCUCAAGGGCACUUUUGACCAUCUUAUCCUGCUACAUCCUUUACCCAGAAAAUUUUAAGUUAUUAGGUAGACGUAUUAUUGUGUUCGAACACUGUGAAGUUGCUUUCGAUAGGAUGUUACUGGGGCUAAAAAGAGUCGGUAAGGUAGAUAUUAACAUAUACGACCUCCAUUUGUUGUUGCUCCUAUAGAUAUCAUCCCUGCCUUUGCGAAAACUUAUUCCUUUACAUGCGUAUGAUUAUUAUUAAGCUACGUAGCCUUUAGAUAUAAUCCUGUUAACUGAAAUCUGUAACGAUUAAUUGUAAAGAAAAUAUUAGUAGUGUCGUUGUUGAUCUUAUUAUUAUUAAGCAAGAAGACAAAAAGAAAGAAAAGAAGCGAAUGUUCUGUACAGGUGAAAAAGCUCUGUAAAGAUGCAGUUUAUGUGUCGCGCUAAGAUCGCUAAUUACUAGAAUUUAAAAAGGAACGUCCGUUGUUGUAUGGAACGAGUAACGAAGGAACACAAACCCCUUGAAGAUGCAUUUUCGCUUCCCAUGGUGUGAUCGUCGCCCACCAUGACAGAUCGAUCGAUAAUUUCGUCCAUCAAGCUUUUUAUCAAUAGCUGCAAAGUGAAAUUUUCUACCAAAUUUUCUCGAUAUUUUAGUUAAACGAUUCAAAAUUACUUAUUUAUUUAUGUUGUUUCUUUCGAUCGUUAGCCGACCAAAUUUAAUUUCUUUACCACGCGCAGUAACCUAAUAUAUCAACGAAUAAGAACAUAGUAUCGAUGUGUACUUGGUAAAAAAUGAUAGCAUUUAGCGCCAUUGAUUUUUCGAGAAAAUCGAAACUGUUUUAGUUUUCGGUGAGUGCUUCGAUAUGUAGUUAACGAAUAUUUUUUAAAAAUUCCGUUAAGGAUUAACGUUGCGGACGCGAAUCUUAAUCUCGAAAAGUUUAUAAGACCAGUUGAAAUGAAGAAGGACACAGAAUAUAAAAUGUUUCGUUUUGAUCGUUGUGAAUAAGUUGAAUAUUUCUGACAGCAACGAGUCUCGAAAUAAUGGUAAGCAAUUAAUGAUCGAGAGUUUCGAAACAUUCCCUGAAAAAUGGAGGUACGAUACCUCUAAUCUCCGAUCUGUAAUUUAUAAAUAUAUAAAUAUAUAAAUAUAUAUACAGGAACACGUGUAUGUAAUGUCGUAAUGUGUAAUUAAACAUGUAUGUAUGAUCUGUAAUUGUGAUCUAAUAGUAAUCAAUGCGAUGUAUACAAAAUGAUAAAAGGAAGAGCGAGAGAGAGGGAGAGGAGACGAUCGAGAGGAGUGAGUUUCUCUUCGUAUAUGUAUGUAUUAUAAUUUCGCAAAUGAGAAACGAGAAAAUGACAACUUUCGAGAAACUAGACAAAAGCAAGUGUAACACUGUUAGCUAAAGGUAUUAUUGAUAAAUUCUAUGUAUCAAUAAAUAAUAUAAAAUUGUUUAAGGGA